AGGGCAGCAUAGUUCCAGAAGACAGUACUGACCAAGAAGCAGAAAAGCAAGAUGAAUGAUGUGAAACUUGCUGUCUUGGGUGGUGAAGGAACAGGCAAAUCUGCUCUUACAGUGAGGUUUCUUACUAAGCGAUUCAUUGGAGAAUAUGCUUCUAAUUUUGAAUCUAUCUAUAACAAGCACUUGUGUUUGGAAAGGAAACAACUAAAUCUGGAAAUAUAUGACCCUUGUUCUCAAACACAGAAAGCAAAAUUCUCCCUCACAAGUGAGCUUCACUGGGCAGAUGGGUUUGUUAUUGUGUAUGACAUCAGCGAUAGGUCUUCGUUUGCUUUCGCGAAAGCACUGAUCUACAGAAUCCGGGAGCCACAGACUAGUCAUUGUAAAAGAGCUGUGGAAUCAGCAAUGUUUUUGGUUGGCAACAAACGAGAUCUUUGUCAUAUGCGAGAGGUUGGCUGGGAAGAAGGGCAAAAGCUGGCACUGGAUAACCGAUGCCAAUUCUGUGAACUGUCUGCAGCAGAGCAGUCUCUGGAGGUGGAAAUGAUGUUUAUCAGAAUUAUCAAGGACAUCCUGAUAAACUUCAAACUCAAAGAAAAGAGACGACCCAGUGGAUCUAAAUCAAUGGCCAAAUUGAUCAAUAAUGUAUUUGGAAAGAGAAGGAAAUCUGUUUAGUAGACAUGAAAUGACUAUGAACCACAGCUGUGUUUUCAAACAUGCAGUUUGCCUUUUUGGUUGUUUUAUCCUGUUCACUGUCCUUCACACAGAGCCUUUCAUUUAUUAUACAACACUGCACUCACCCUAACCUACUGGUGGACAGCUAUCCAGUUUGCCUUGCCAAAUAUACUCUGCUUAUGUGAAUUUAUUAAAUGACCAUGCCAUA